ACCUACAGACAUCUUUUAAUUGCCUGACCUCAGUUUGUAUCGGUCUAGCGCCGAUGAUUUUUGGCGUCCUGCUGACGUGUACGAACACAUUUAGUUACCCAGGGAUCGCGUACGCUGUGGGAGGUGUCUGUGCGAUGUUGUGUGUAUUCAUCGCCGGCAAACUACCAAGAGACACCCUAGAAAUGCAACGGAUGUGCAAGACCGCACCGAGACCUGUCCCGGAAGACGACAGUGACACAUUUGAAGAGUUCCAGCAUUUGGAAGAAGAGAUUGUCAGGGUUGGUUAAACCUUCGAAAAUAAAAUAAAUACUUGUACAACCACCACAGCUCACACUUAGUGGGAUACGUUGUGCUUGUUGCAUAUUUGAUCAUAGUCGUCUUGAUUUCUGGUUUUUCGUUGCUGUAGUUUUGUUUUUUGUGUAGAGCUUUGGUAAUAUAGCUUUUUGAGAAUGCUUAAGACUAACGCAUGCACGAGUCAGUCUUGCCGCAGUCCUACCACGUUCCGGGUGGCAAUGCAAUUUUUAAAACCUUAUUAUUAAAAAUAUGUAUGGCGGUUGAUAAUUAGUGCCCUCAACAAUUGUCGUAAAUGCGGUCUCCACUAGCUAGUUGUCGAGUAAAACUUUUACAUGAACACUUUAGAAGUGUGGCUGAU